UGUUUCCGCCGGAAGUCUCACAAGCGGAAAAGAGGCACUAGCAGCGUUAGCUCUCAAGCUAAUUUCUGUUUAUCGUCGUUUUAAAGACGUUUUCUGCUGUGUGAGUUGAAUAUUUCAGUGUCUGUAGUAACGACGUCUUAGGUUAAUCAGCAGAGAGAAUCCAUCCGCCCAGAACCGCCAGGUGUUUUAGCUGUUCGGUUCUGAAUGAACCAACACUGAAAACAGGGGACUAGUUGAUAUCGCGGAGGAAGCAGGACCCGUCCAGCUCCAUUAUUUGCGUCGUUUAUAGCUAUUAGUUUUCUUUCAUUUAUAGUUUUGCGAAACUGGAAACAGUAGAUCAAAACCGGUGUGAAAAAUAUUCAUCAAUGACGAAAGAAGAUUCUCCGGACUUCCGGCAGCAUCGUUCCAGUAAGAGCAAGUGGAGAUUUUCUGAGGCGGACAGACAGGAAACGAUGCAACACUGAUGUUUGGGAAAAACUUAAAAAGGUCUUCAUUGCAUCAUGUCUGUUGCUGCCUGUGAAGAACUUCCUGAUCGGGUUCUGAUAACUGGAGACAGAAACUCCAUUCCCGACGACGAGAUGCUGAACGAUGUACAAAUAAAAGAGGAAGAGGAAGAAACAGAACCACAGCAGGCGAGUGAUCCAAACGAGGAACCAGAACCUCAGCCUGAGAAAGUAGGACAUGUUGAAGUGUGGGUCUUUCAGGACGAACAGCUUCUAGUGCAGCAGGAGACCAGCGUCUCUACGGUGACUCCGGCUUACGGGGAAAAGAUCCACAACGAACCAGAACAGCUGCAGAUUAUAAAGGAGGAAACGGAACCUGUGGAGAUUAAAGCAGAACCGGAGGAUUUCUACAACAGCCAGGAUGAAGGUCUACUUGACGUGAAGCAGGAGCCUGAAACCUCCAUGGUGACUCCAACUCAUGACAACAUUGAUCCAGAACCAAGCCCCAACCAGCCGGACCCACUGAGCUCCCCUGAAGAACUGAACCCACAGCAGCAAGGAGGCGGCCAGAACACAUAUUGUUGUGACGUGUGCAAAAAAUCCUUCACAGCUCGUAAGAAUUGGAUUCAUCACCUUAAAACCCAUAAAGAGGAGAAGCCUUUCCUAUGUCUGACUUGUGGAAAAGGUUUCAUUUGGAAAUCAGCCUUAACGCUACACCUUAGAACACACACAGAUGAGAAACCAUAUCCCUGUGAACUGUGCGACAAAUCUUUCAGUAAAAAGAGUUAUUUGGCUCGUCACAUCAGGGUUCACGGGGAUGAGAGGCCGUUUCCUUGUGACUUGUGUGGGAGAACAUUUAGACACAGCAGUAAUCUGGCCCAUCACCGUAAAGCUCACACAGCUGACAAACCUUAUUCCUGUGACUUGUGUGACAAACAGUUCAGCGAACAAAGUAGCUUGGCCAACCACCUUACGACUCACACAGAUGAGAAACCUUACCCUUGUGAACUGUGUCACAAAUCUUUUAAUAAAAGGAGUUAUUUGGCUCGUCACAUCAGGAUUCACGGGGAUGAGAGGCCGUUUCCUUGUGACUUGUGUGGAAGAACCUUUAGACACAGUAGCAAUCUGGCCCAUCACCGGAGAGCUCACACGGGUAAAAAGGUUUAUUUUUGUGACUUGUGUGACAAACCUUUUAGCAAACAUAGCAGUUUGGCCGAUCACCUUAAAACUCACACUGAUGAGAAGCUGUAUUCUUGUGAACUGUGUGAUAAAUCUUUCAGUAAAAAGAGGUAUUUGACCCGUCACAGAAGGAUUCACGGAGAUGAGAGGCCAUUUCCUUGUGACUUCUGUGGGAAAACCUUUAAACACAGCAGUAAUCUGGCUCGUCAUCAUAAAGCUCAUGCAGCUGACAAGCAUUAUUCUUGUGACCUUUGUGAGAAACAUUUUGUGGACCAUAAUAGUUUGGCUGAUCACCUUAGAACUCACACAGACGAGUUGGAGCAUCCCUGUGAUCUGUGUGAUAAAUCCUUUGAUAAAAGGAGUUAUUUGGCUCGACACAGUCGGGUUCACAGGGAUGAGAGGCCGUUUUGUUGUGAUUUGUGUGGUAGACACUUUAGACACAGUAGUAAUCUGUCCGAACAUCGUAGAACUCACACAACUGAUGAGCAUUAUGCUUGUGAUCUGUGUGACAAACAUUUUAUCAACCAGACUAGUUUGGCUUGUCACCUUAGAACUCACACAGAUGAGAAACCGUAUCCUUGUGAACUGUGUGAUAAAUCCUUUAGUAAACGGAGUUAUUUGGCUCGACACAGAAGGAUUCACUGGGAUGAGAGGCCGUUUUGUUGUGACUUCUGUGGUAGAACCUUUAAGCACAGCAGUAAUUUGGCUCGUCACCGCAGAGCUCACACAGGUGAGCCUCUUAGCAACCCGAGUUGUUUGGCUCUUCACAAGAAGACUCACAAAGAUUUCAGGCCUUAUUCUUGUAAAUUGUGCAAAAAAUCUUUUAGAAAAAAUAUUGAUUUGAUUUGUCACCUUCACAGUCACACAGGUGAGGAGCCAUGUUCUCUGUAGUCUUUGUAGGAAACGUGUCCAGCCCUUUCCUGGUGACGGACAUUUUGUCGACUGUAGUGAUGUAUCUCCUAAUAAAAACACAGAGGAGACUUUGGCCCCAAACCUUCUACACAUUUAAACUGAACUGGUGUCAAACGUUUGUGCAGCAACAUCUUCUUUUUGUGCUGCUACCUUUUUAAAGAUAUGAAUAAACUUUUCCAGAGGUCAUCAAAGGUCAACCAGUCCUAUGAUGACCUCUGGAAACAUUUAUUAAUAUCUUUAAAAUACAGCAGCACAACCACAAAAUGUAUUUAAUGUAGUUUGAAGAAGUUGAGGGAGAAACUUCCUUCAUUCUUGUAAAUUAUGCAAGAAAUCUUCCUCAAAUUAUCGACUUCAAACCCAAACAAGAUCCUUGUGAUAAAAACCUUGUAGACAACGCCAAGGAAAAACUCAGGGUUAAGAAACCUUGAGGUUAUUCUGUUUACUUUAUAAUGUAGCAUUUUACAGCACAUGUAGAGCAGAAAGCAGAUAUUCAUGUUCAGCACAGAAAAGAUGCAGAAACAUUUAAUGUUGCUGAAGUUCAGUGGACCAGACGUCUCUGUCCUCAGGGUGAGGACGCUGCUGCAGCUGGUGAAAGAGUCCCGUCAAAAAUCACAACCACUGGCCCGGGGAAACUUCUUUGGUUUGGAGAGGAAAGUGACUGAUCAAUACCUGAUCAAUACCUGAUCAAUACCUGAUCAGAGCGUUCAGAGUGGAGACGUGAAACAAAUCUCCUCACCACUGUGUCUCUUGUAAAUUCCCUCCUCUGGUCGUCACUAAGGCUGUUUAACUGUCUGAAUGUUCUUUGAUUUCAGCCAGAGUGUUUACUGUGAAUGCACUGAUCAGCUAAAUUAUUAAUUAUGACUCUUUCUUGUUAAGUUGUGAUAAAUAACAACCAUGUUUUAUCAUUUGCCACUCAGAUCAUCUUCCACAUUCUCCUAACUUGCUGCAGGACUCCAGGCAGCGGCGGGUAAAAUGUUUCUGCCAAACCAGAGCAGGAGGUUCAAAACGUCUGAAUAAUUCAAAUCGGUUCUGUUGCUUCAGCCUGGAUGAAAUCCCUUCCUGAAUGAUUCAAACUCCAGUCGCUCCCUGCAGGUUUUAUCUGAGCCGCAGGUACAAAACCCUGGAAUCAAACGGUUUAAUUUCCUCCUCCUUGUGUGGAUCGUUGGAUCGGUUCUCCAGAACCUUCAUAAUCUAAUUAUUGUGUUCAGGUGCUGCAGCAGGGGCUCAUCUAAACGUUUCAGGGCCUCCAGGGCUGGAGUUUGACCCCCUGUGCUGUAAAUCAACUGAUACGGUUUUUUGAUGCAGUAUUUGGUUUUUAUUCAAAGUAUUAACAUUUGUCAAAGUUCCUUCUUAAUAAAUCUUUACUUUGAUCACAAGAAA